AAAUGAUUGACGUAAACAUAAGUUCUGUUUAACAAAACAGAGAUAGAUCAUUCAUCAUCAUAGCAAUAUUAAUAUUGAUGGCAAAUGCUAGUUACAUGAUGAUGAUUCCACUUUUCCCUCCUUUAAUAAAAGAAAAGGGAUUCACUGAAGCUAGCAUAGGAAUUAUUAUGUGUUUUUACCCUCUUGGUAGUAUAUUAGCAUCCUGGAAGUUGGGUAAGAUGCAUAGUUCAAAAAAAAUCAUCUUAUAGGGUUUAAUGGGUUAAUUGAUGAUAUCCAUAAUAUUGGGAAUAUCAUAUUUUUUGGAUGGAGCACUAUUCUUUGUUUUAUCAUCAAUUUUAAGAUUCUUAUAAGGAAUAGUAUAAUAAUUUAGUAAAUAUUUAGUCAAACACCAUGAUAUAGGUUCCAUCAUAUUCAAUAACUGGACAUUUAUUUUCUGAAUAAGUUUCAGAGAAGAUUGCCAAAUUAGAAAUGGCUUGUAAUUUUGGUUUAGUUUGUGGCCCUUUAAUAAGUGGUCUUCUAUACAUUUUAGCAGAUAUCUAUAACUUUAACACUUUCUAAUACUCAUUAUAUUUAGUGGCAUUUUUAUACUUUUUAAUAACUAUUUGUGUAAUAUUCUUUCUUGAUGAAAGGAUAUUCAACUUCAAUUAAGAAGAAUCAGAUGUUUAAAUCAAUUACUAUGAAGUAUUUAAGAUUCAUGAACUUAAUGUGACCUUUACUUCCUAUUUCUUUUUAGGAGUAGCUGCUUAAGCAUUACGUACUUAUCUAGUAAUUUUAUAUAAAUUAACAUUAGUCUGUGUAAUUAUUAGAAGUUUAUAAUCUAGAUGAUGCUAAUUCUUAAUUCCUAUUUAUGAUUUACACUAUUGUAAGUUUCUUUGGAGCAUAUUAUGUAGCUGAAUAAAAACAUUAUACUUUAAAUUAACUUUACACUUAUUGCCUUUAUAUUGGAUCUAUAAGUCUUAUACUAUAUGGUCCAUCUAUGAUAGGAUUGCCUAAAUCAAUUUAUAUUAUAUGUUUUGCUGAUAUUAUAAGAGGAAUCGGAAUAGGAUCAGCGUAAUCAUUUAUUUUUAUUCAUAGACCUGCUAUUAUAAUGCCUUUAAUCGUUUAAAUUAUGGAAAAAAAUAAACAUAAAGAUCAAGCUGCUGAAAUUGGUUCUACUCUUUUAAUUGCUGGCUGGUCAUUAGGAGAUUUAAUUGGACCUAUCAUUGGAGGAAUAUUUAUAGAUUAAGUUGGUUUUGAUAAAACUAGUGUCAUUAUGAGUGGAGCAUUAUUUGCUAUCGGAUUUAUCUAUUAAAAAACUAGUCAUAUAGAUUAAGAACAACAAGGAAUCGAAAUGUAGAUUCUAAUUCAUUGAUGUGUAUAUAUUUGAAUUUUCAUUUUUGUGUAGUA